AUGUAUUUAAAUUGCAGCGAAUACGAUCAAGUUGACAUAGUGUCGGGACAACGAGGCUCUAUGUCGUCUGCUAACGCGGAUGAUAUCGAUGUCGAGGAAGGUGUAUGCACAGAAGAAUACCAAAUUGAUAAUGCAACGACAUCAGAAGAGACUGGAACAUCAGUACCUUUAAUGCACUUGGUAAAACAUUUGAUCCAAAACACGACUUGUCAAACUCAAAUGCUUAUAACCGCCAUCAUCAAAGGCGAAAGCAGCAAAACCGACGACCCCAAAGUACAAGACACAGUCAGCCCUGGCUGCGAUUUACUAUUACGAUUUCAAAG